AGCUCUUGAUUCAUCCAUUGUUGAGCUUGAUCAAGUUCAAGCUUUUGAUGUUUGAGCUUGAUCGAAUUCGAGUAUGUAUAUUCGAGUUCGAACUCAACCGAGCUUCGAGCCCGAUAUAUUCGAGCUCAGACAGUUUGGAUUUGGUGCAUGUCUAAUCUUAAAUCAUUUUUAUUAUCUUUAAAAAAGAAUCUUUUUAACCAUUGUAAAAUGUUUCAAUACUUGUUCAAAUAAUUAUUCAAUUUUUUUUAAAAUUAUUCAUCUUUUUAACUUUAAGGAAAUUGAUGAUAGAUAAAUAUAUUCUUCAUAAUAUUUGUCGAUGCAAUGAAAUUUUAGGACCGCACAAGCAACGAUGAUUUAUUCUAUGACGAAAGUUCGACUGAUCAAAUCUCACAUAAAUCUAUAUCUCAAUUGGCGACUAUACUAAAAUUCGUUCAAUCUCGGAUUGAACCGAUCAUUUUAGAGCGAAUUUUACAUUUGCCCACAUCAAUCGAUCUAUGAAUAGGAGCGUUUAUGAAUGAGAAUCUAUUGAAUAUUACAACUCAUGUAUUAAUCAAUGAAAUUUGUUAUUUGAGAUAAAUUAUUUGAAUUGGUUUGACUUUAUUUUUAUUGUUAUUUUAAAAUUGUUUUGUAGGUAAAUGUACAAAAUAUGGUUGUUCAUGAAAACAGCAUCACCGUAUAACAUAUGAAUAUGGAAGUAAUAUUCGCUGUCUUAACAAUGUAUGCUCAUCAAGUGAUAUCGAUAAAGGAAUUAGUGAUUUAGAAGAUGAAAAAACCAAAAUAAAAGAUAUUUAUAUAAAAAACUUUCCAAAGUUUUUCAUGCAAAUGCAAUUAUUCCAAUAAAUGACGAUAUGUUAAAAUAUAUUAGAGUUUUUAUAAAAGAAGAACAAAUGAAAAAAGAAAUUUUGAUAGUGAAAAUAAUGAUAUUAUUCAAAACCUUGAACAAAUGAUAAAGGAUUUUAUGAAAGAAAUAAAUUUAUUUAAACAAACAGUAAAAAAUGAAAAAGAUGCACUCAAACCUAAAAUUAUAUUUCCUUUAGUUGGAAGUGUUUACCGAUUACCUAUUAAUGGAAAAAAAAUUCGUGAACAAGUCAAUGCUUUAAAAAUAAGUCAAACUGAUAUUUCAUUAGAACGAGAAGUUUUUGAUGAACUAUCAGCUAAAGCUAAUUCAUCAACAAUAAUGCAUCAAUUCAAAUCUAUUAAUUCCAACAAAUAA